AUGGAAAUAAAUGAACAAAGUCUUGAGGCAUUGGCAGCCUAUUUAAAACAAACAUUAUCACCAAAUACUGACGAAAGAUCAAGCGCUGAAAAAACCUUGAAACAAAUUGAACGUAAUGAAAAGUACAGUUUACUAUUGUUGACAUUAUGUGAUCGUGAACAAAUAUCAAUGGAUAUUCGAAAAGCAGCUGCAAUUAUAUUUAAAAAUUUUAUUAAACUUAAUUGGCCAUCGAGUGAAACAUCGUCACUUAUUACAUUGAAUGAUCGUAAUCAAAUAAAACAACAUAUCAUUGAUUUAAUGACAAAAUCACCAGAACAAAUUCAAAAACAAUUGUCUGACUCUAUAUCGAUUAUUGGUCAAAAUGAUUUUCCCGAUCAAUGGCCAGAAUUAUUAGGCGUCAUGUGUAAACAAUUACACCCACCAAUUGAUUUUCAUAAAGUUAAUGGUGUUCUGAAAACGGCACAUUCUCUCUUUAAGCGAUAUCGUUAUGAAGCAAAAUCAGAUGAAUUAUGGACGGAAAUUGCUCAUGUACUAGAAAAAUUUGCACCAUCAUUUACAGAAUUUUUUAAAUCGUUAAUGGCCUAUAUACCUCAACAAGAAACAAAUGCCACAGAAAUAAAAAUCAUCUUUGACUCAUUGUUUGUUAUAACAAAAAUAUUUUAUGAUUUAAAUGCACAGGAAUUACCUGAUCAUUUUGAUGAUAAUAAAGAUGUGUAUCUGAAUAAUUUCUUAUUAUUAUUAGCUUAUGAUAAUCCAUUACUUCGUUCAGAUGCGAAUAAUACUGGUGUACUUGAACAAGUAAAAACGGAAAUCUGUCGUAUUGUGGCUUUGUUUGCUGAUAAUUACAGUGAUGAUUUUAAACCAUUUACUCAACAAUUUGCAUCAGCUAUAUGGUCCUUAUUAACAAAAUUAGAUUCAUCACCAGGUUAUGAUGAUUUAGUUGGUACAGCAAUGCGUUUUUUAUCAACAUUAGCUGCUCGAUCUCAUCAUUGUGCAAUGUUUCAAGGUGAUGAAACUUUGAAAACGGUUUGUGAACAAGUCAUAUUACCAAAUUUAUUUUUGAGAGAGGCAGAUAUAGAAGAAUUUGAAGAUAAUCCAGAAGAAUAUAUUCGUAAAGAUAUUGAAAAAUCAGAUUUUGCUACUCGUCGUCGUGCUGCCGGUGAUUUUUUACAAGCAUUAUGUAUAUUUUUUGAACCACAAGUUGUUGCUCUCUAUAGUCAGUAUAUUGAUUCGAUGCUUCAAGACUAUAUUCAAAAUCCAACAAAAAAUUGGACAAAAAAAGAUAUUUCUAUAUUCUUAGUAUUGGCAUUAGCAUCAAAAGGUGAAACACAAAAAUUUGGUAUAACAAGAAGUAGUCAUUUAAUAAGUAUUCAAGCAUUUUUUAUAAGUGCAAUUUAUCCUGAACUUCAAGAUCAAGAUGUGAAUCGUUUACCAUUAAUUAAAGCUGAUUGUCUUAAAUUUUUUACAAUUGUUCGAAAUCAACUCGACAAUGAAUUAUUACUACGUACAUUGCCAGAAUGUGGUCGAUAUUUAUUAUCAACAAAUAUUGUAACACAAACAUAUGCUGCUCAUGCUAUUGAACGAGUACUCUUAGUAAAACAAACACAAAAUAAACAACAAUUAGCAAUAACAAAAACCGAUUUGAUACCACAUGCACAAAUGAUAUUCGAUCAUCUAUUUAAAAUAUUAAAUUCGGAUAAGUCGUAUGAAAAUGAAUAUGUUAUGAGAGCUGUCAUGCGUCUAUCCUAUUCGCUACAAGAUGGUAUAAUGCCAUAUUUAAAUCAAUUAAUGGAAAAACUUGUUAUUAUUUUAAAACGAACAAGCAAAAAUCCAAAUAAGCCAAAUUUUAAUCAUUAUUUAUUUGAAACAAUAAGUUUGUUAAUUCGAACAAGUUGUACACAAAAUCCACAAUUAGUUGAACAAUUUGAAGGCAUUUUAUUUCCUGUAUUUACGCCCAUAUUUUCAGAAGAUGUUGCUGAAUUUGUUCCGUAUGUGUUACAAAUAAUUGGCUUUCUUCUUGAAUCUCGUACACCAUCGACUCAAACAAAUCCAACAACGAUUCCCGAUUCUUAUCGUGUUUUAUUUCCAUUAAUAUUGACACCCUCUUUUUGGGAUCGUUCGGGAAAUAUUCCGGCACUAUCACGUCUAUUACAAGCUUAUAUACAAAAGGCGGGUGAAACAAUUGUUGUCGAAAAAAUAACAACUGUACUCGGUGUAUUUCAACGUUUAGUCGAUCAAUCAAAACUACAUGAUCAGGAAGGUUUUCACAUCUUACAAUCAUUAAUCAUUCACGUACCCCAAUCAUAUCUGACAAAUUAUUUUCGAGAUAUAUUUAUUCUCAUAUUCACAAGAUUAACAAGAGCUAAAACACAAAAAUUAAUCAAAUGUAUUAUUGUUUUAUUUUGUUAUUUUAUUGCAAAAUAUGGUGCACAAGAGCUGAUUACGUUGAUUGAUAGUAUUCAACAAAACAUGUUUUCAAUGGUUUGCGAACGUUUAUUUAUACCACAUUUAGAUAAAGUUGAUCGUGAAGAUAAAAAAAUAUGUGCUAUCGGUAUGACACGAUUAUUAACCGAAGCACAAGCAAUCACACAAGGACCAUAUAUGAAUUUAUGGGUUUCAUUGUUACAGUCGUUAAUACGACUAUUUGAAGUUAAACACGAAAUAACACAAGAUAAUGAAACAGAAAUUGCUGAUAUAAUGGUUGCUUUGGAGGACACACCAGAUUAUACUCCAGCAUUUUCUCGUCUAGCAUUUGCAAAAAAAUCCAACAUUGAUCUAUUUGGUUCCGAAAUUCCAGAUCCACGUGUCUAUUUAGCAAAAUGUCUGUCAAUCUUAACAGCGGCUAAUCCAACCAAAUUUACAACAAUGAUGUCAAACGGUCUUGUUGCUAGUGAACAACAAUCAAUACAAAAUCACUGCUUAUUAGCAAAUGUGCAGAAACUUCAAAUGGCUAAUUCAUCUAACACAUUGGAUAUUAAAGAGAAAUCGAUUCAUAACUCAAAUUUAUCAUUGAAUAGCAAUCAUUCUCGUAUGAAUGUAAAUUUACAGACACCAGCACUAUCUAAGCUAUCUUCGAACAAAUAUAAUUUCUUCACAAGAAUCGGUCAUUAUUUCCGAUCGUUGUACAAGCGUUUCAAAAGUUCACACACACAAUUAACAGAAAUUGAUAUACAAAUUUUAAUCUCAUUAACACCUUAUACAAGGGAACAAAUACAAGAAUGGCACAAAAGAUUUUUAUGCGAUUGUCCAAACGGUUUCAGGUCUCGUAAACAAUUUAUUCAAACAUAUCGACAAUUAUUUCCAAAAGGUGAUGCUGAAAGAUUUACUAAACAUGUUUAUCGUGCAUGUGAUCUUGAUAAAUCUGGUCAAGUGGAUUUUCGUGAAUUUCUCAUUGGAUUAGGUAUGACAAGUGCAAAUGCAACACCAAAACAAAAAUUAGAAUGGACAUUUAAAGUAUUUGAUAUCGAUGGAAAUGGCUAUUUAACACGUAAAGAAUGUUGUGAAGUCAUCGAAGCUAUUGUAGGAUUGACUUCAAAUGAUGAACGUGUGGAGGAGUUAGCUAAACAACGAAUGAUGAAAACAUUUGAUGAAAUAGAUGAAAAAAAUCGUGGUCAAUUAACAAUGAAUCAGUUUAUUCGAGGCUGUGAAAAAGAUCCACUUAUAUUAAAUUUAUUAUUACCCUCUGAAACGACUAUGCCUUCCAUCACAAACACUUCUUCCAUUUUCUGA